AUGACAGUUCCCAGAAUGUUGGUUUUGAGAAGUGCCAGAGCUAUUGGUACUUGGAGCGAGUCCAGCUUGGUCGUUGAAAAGAAAUCUAAGUUUCAAGGCAGGUGUUGUGGUUUAAAUAGUCAAGAUGAAAUACAACACUUAUUAGCGAAUCUAUUGACUUCAAACAAAUCAGUCAGUAGAGCGACUCAUUCGCACAUUUACGCCUGGCGAACUGGGCAACCGAUACUUGUGGAGAACUCACGCACUAUCUGCCCUCAAAAAAAUGGACAUAGAAGCCGGCCAGCAAACCGGCAAGUGAGAAACUUAAAACAAGGCUUUAACGACUGCGGCGAGUCUGGGGCAGGACAACGAUUACUUGCAUUAUUGGAGCGAAGCAACAUAGUAAAUGUUAUAGUCGUAGUGACAAGGUGGUACGGUGGAACGCCUUUAGGCAGCUCGAGAUUUAGGUAUAUAUCAGCAGCAGCGGUUGAAAGUCUUAAAAACGCAGGUCAUCUCCCGUAA